AUGCAGCUGUUAUACAGGACUUUGUUGCGAACAGUAAAUCUGCAGGCAGCGCAGCAGUCGCAGCAGCAGCAGCAGCAGAAGCCACAGCAGCACCCGGCGCACCAGAAGCUCACUGCCCAGUGUCAGUGCGGUCCCUUGAAAGCAUCUGCAAACAAAAGAACAACUGCUGAAAGAAGAGCAGCUAGAGAGAAGACAGAAGACACAGAUGCAACAACUGCAGAGGCCGCCGCAGCCACUGCAGCUCGCCACAUUUCAGUGGCAGCAGAGGAUCCGCACAUUCCUGCAGCAGCAGAAAAGCUGGCCUUGGCAGCAAAGCAGCAAGAUCUAUAA